UAAUUUUUUUGUAUAUGUUUUACGCGCAAAUUAUUGCUUAAAUAACGAAUCGGGGAUAAGAAGAAUAAUAAUGGUCCGUAAAAGAAGGGUCUGUCCGCUCAUUCGCCGAAUGGUUAAUCACAAUGGCGACACCCUUGGCAACUGUCGAACGUGAAAUAUAGGUUAUUAAGAGUAUAGUCCUUUCGAAGGUAUUGUUUAUUUGAAUAAACUAUUAUUGUCACAAUUGCAAUAGUAUGUCGUAUAUAAUUCCGCUCAUAUAACACACAUAUACGACGACGACGACUACGACGACGACGACAAGGACGACGAUUUUCGCUGAAUGAAAGGAGCGAUUUUCUUUCGGAAACACUUAUAAUGGCUGGUAAUUUAGCUAACGACACAGACCUCGUUCAAGAAAUUAAAACACUGCUAUGGGGUCCUUCUGUCAAAUGCGACGUCUUCAAACAGUGGUCUCAAGGAUUUUUUUUUAGUAAUGACGAGCCAACAGCUUUGGUCCAAGCAGAGGGGGGUCCGUGUGCGGUAAUAGCACCGGUUCAAGCUUUCAUACUGAAAGAAUUGCUAUUAGAAAGCGAUAUCAAUAGUUGGAAAGAGAUUGGAACCGAACAAUGUAACUUCUUGCUGGUAAAGGCAAUGACGGAAAUAAUAGCACGUGCCGCGGACAGCCAGCAACCUAGAUACUGCAUAGUUCAAGCAAUGGGCACGCAGGGGCACGGCUCGACAUCUAUGAAUUGUGAAAACAUUUCAAACAAGGUACCAGACCCGAAGUCUUCUGAGGAGAAUAAGCAGAAUGACGAAAACAACCAGGAGACAACAAACUCGAUGGAAAAUAGACUGGAGCUAGAACCUGACAUUUUUCAUUCGCAAUUGAGGAUAUUCACCAUUGAUAACAUGGAUGAGUUGAAAAAAUACUUCUCUGACCAAAUUGAAAUGCUGAAAAAUCAGUUUGGCAUUCUGUUAUUCCUGUACACUGUAGUAUGUACAAAAGGUCUUGCAGGAAUGCAAUCAGAAAUGUCUGAUCCCAUGGAGCCACUUAUAGACUCGACUUAUGGUUACGGCAGUCAAAGUUUGAUCAAUUUAAUGCUUACUGGGCGCGCGGUCAGCCACGUAUGGGACCAUGACCAAGAUGUUGGAGGGCUCAAACUUCAAGGUAUAGACAAGCAGAACUCUGUUGGUUUUUUAGCCUUUUUAGAGCAUCUGAGAUAUUGUGAAGUUGGAACAUUUCUAAAGGCCCCUUCGCAUCCGAUCUGGGUUCUUGGUUCUGACACACAUCUAACCGUACUAUUUUCCCCUGAAAGAAGGCUGGUGAGCCCUGAAACACCUGCCGAUCAGGCUCGAAGGGUAUUCAAGAAAUUUGACCCCGAAGGAAAUAAUUUUAUAUCGUCCAAUCUGUUGCAAGAUGUCCUUGCCGAACUCGAUCUCGUAGCAGACACAGAGUAUGUUGAGAUAAUGAGGAAAAAAUUGGACAGCGAAUCUCUAGGAAUUAUUCUGCUAGCAGCUUUCAUGGACGAAUUUUUUCCCGAAGAUCCUCGUACUUGUCCUGACACAUUUCUGUUGUUCCACUACAACGGUUUGCCACGAAGCAACCUAGAAAACAAAGUCACAUAUCGGAGAGGACAAGCUGUGCUGCUAGAAUGUACAGUUAAAUGUAUUUUAGAUAGCAAUCCGAUGUUAACAGUAUUGCAAACUAAAUGGCCGAGCAUCGAGGUACAGUGGGACAAAGGACAGACACCCAGUGUCAACUAGAACAACAAAAUUUUUUUUUUGUUUUAUACGAAAGUGUAGAGACUCGGCAUAAUCUCUAUGACUGAGUCUAGACUGUGU